CUUCUCCCGUGCCAUACCAACCGCCUGUAUGCUAAUCACAUGACGAGGCAGGGCUGCUGUGCUGCAGCUGGUGAUUACGAGCUGUCAAGAGAACACAAACUGUAAACAACAGAUUUAUCGUUGCCUUCAUUUGCUUUUCUCUGGUGCGAUGGAGCUGAUGUGGGGUGUCUUGCACACCCUGUGGCAUGUGGAAUGAAUCAGGAUAAUCUCCACCUUGCACCUGCCGUUUGCCACCACAGCCUCCCUCUGUUAUGGCGUCUAGCUACCCACCUCCCUUUGAGGGCACUGGGGAAGUGAAGGAGGGCUUUCUUUGCCCACUAUGUCUGAAGGACCUGCAGUCGUUCUAUCAACUCCAAGACCACUAUGAAGAGGAGCACUCUGGGGAGGACCGCCAUGUUAGGGGACAGCUCAAAAGUUUGGUUCAGAAGGCUAAGAAGGCCAAAGACAAGCUGCUGAAGAGGGAUGGAGAAGACAGACCUGACACCGGCAGUUAUGAGUCUUUCUACUACGGUGGAGUGGACCCAUACAUGUGGGAGCCUCAGGAGCUGGGAGCAACCAGAAGUCACCUGGACUUGUUCAAAAAACACCGGGCAGCCAGGAUAGAUCAUUAUGUCAUUGAAGUCAACAAACUCAUCAUCAGAUUGGAAAAGCUGACAUCUUUUGACCGGACCAACUCAGAUGCAGCCAAAAUUAGAGCCAUAGAGAAGUCGGUUGUGUCAUGGGUGAGUGACUCAGAUGUCCCCUUCUGUCCUGACUGUGGCAACAAGUUCAACAUCCGGAACAGGCGGCACCACUGCCGUCUCUGUGGAUCUAUCAUGUGUAGGAAGUGUAUGGAAUUCGUCCCCUUGCCUUUGGCUUACAAGCUAAUUAGUGGGACGCGGGAGGCCCUGUGUGUACCUGGGAGCCCUGGUCAGUCCCAGUCCCCCCCACAAGGAGGUGGCAGCAGUGGGAUGGGCUCCAGGCGAGGAAGCAUCAGCAGUCUGAGCAGUGUAACCUCCAUGCUGGAGGAGAAGGAUGACGAGAAGAUUCGCUGCUGUCACCACUGCAUGGACACGCUGCUGAAGAGGCAGCAGAAAUUGGAGGAGAAGGACCACGUGCCUGACAUAGUCAAACUGUACGAGAGGCUGAGGCUGUGCAUGGACAAGGUAGAUGAGAAGGCUCCAGAGUAUAUCCGAAUGGCUGAAUCACUCAAUGCCGGAGAAACCACAUAUAAUCUCGAUACUGCUGGUGGACUGAGAAUGGAAGUACAGAAAUACUACGAACUAAUUGAUGCACUAAGUAAGAGGAUAUUAACUCUGGGAGCAAAAGAUGAUCCACCACCACAUCCGAAGACCCUCCAGCUACAGAGGAUGGUCCGCUACACAGCCACACUCUUUGUCCAGGAGAAGCUGUUGGGUCUGAUGUCUUUACCCACCAAGGAGAAGUACGAGGAGCUAAAGGAAAAGAGGAAACAGGAACAAGAGAAGAGACUCCAACAAGAGAGACUGGCUGCACAGGAGGCCCUGAAGAGGAGGCAGGAGUCUGAGAAGAACCGUCCAUUUGCUAGUGCUAAUGGGGAGCUGCCUCAGGCCCCUAGAGCACCCCGCAUGACCAAAGCUGGUGGCUGGCUGCCCUCCUCAGACACCCUUCACACACACAGCGAACUGGAAGACCCCCUGCUGCAGCAGAUAAACAACAUUCAGUCAUUCCUACGUCAGGCGCGGGAGGCCCAGCGGGCGGACGAGGUGGCCAUGCUGGAGGAGAACUUGCGGCAGCUACAGGAUGAAUACGAUCAGCAGCAGACCAGCCUGGCCAUCGCACUCUCUCAGAAGCUGGCUCAGGAGGAGAGCUUGCAGCAGGAGGAGCUAAGCCGUCUUGAGGCCCGGGAAAGGGAGGAGAGGGCGCACAGGGUGCCGGCUAUAGGCUCUAGCCAGCCUGCCUUCACCUGGGAGAGCUCUGUGGACUUCAGCCAGGCAGGGGGAGAUCAGGAAGAGGAGGAUACAGAAGCAGAGCAGCUGACCCCUAAAGCUGAGAGGAGCCCUCCAUCUUUAAGGGCUUUCCCUGCUCUCACAGGCCAGGAGGAGUCACCUCCCAGGUUGAGGAGCUUAGGGGGGCAUAUAACCCCUCCUGGUGGUGAAGGACAGAACAGCACCUCCCUUAACCCCUUCAGUGAAGAGGACUCUACCCCCAUUGAGGAGGAUCCGUCCAAUCCCUUCUUUGAGGAGAUCCAGAAGGAGCACAAAGAGGUGACCAAUGGGCAGAAAGAGUACAACCCUUUCGAAGACGAAGAGGAGGGUGAGGAAGAAGGGCAGGCUGAGGCCACACCUGGCAAUCCCUUUGAGGAGGAGGAUAGCAGUGACGCAGGUAACCCUUUCUUGGAGGCCUCUGGGAAUUCCCCGGGUGUCUCGACCAACCCGUUCGAUGAGGACGAUGACGAGGUUCUGCCGGAUGUGGAGAUGAUAGAGGAGGAGCUACUGCUGCAGCAGAUUGACAACAUUAGGGCCUACAUCUUUGACGCAAAGCUCAGCGGCCGUCUCGAUGAGGUGGAGCUGCUGUCCGAGAACCUGAGAGAGCUGCAGCACACCCUGCAGGAACAGAAGAAAAAAACACUGACACACUGACACCCUCCCUUCGUAAUCCACCAAGAUCACUUGCUAAUUACAUGGUUGUCCAUCCGGUUGUAUAAGGCUAGCUCACUUUACAUGACUAAUGAGCCCAGUGGUGUUGAUUUGGGUGAGGUCAGCUGUACCAGAGGGAUUAGACUAGUCUUAAAUGUAAACAUUACCAGAUCUUUGUAGUCUGGACCGACUCCCUUUAUUUGCAAGCACUUCAAGUUUUGCUUGUACUGAUGCUGUUGGCUCUGUGACAAAGGAAGAAAGCCCCAUAAAAGAUAUAUAUUUUUGUUGUUUUUUUGUUUUUGUUUUUUUUCACGGGACAGUCGGAUGGUUCUUUGAGUCAAGUGUAGUUUAUGGACGUUGCCGUGCAUGAAUUGGCUCUCUUGCAGUUUCCAAGUGGGAGCAAGUGAACCAUAUUUCACAUUUAAUGGUCAAAUAAUCUUAAAAUCAGCAGCAGCACUUUUGUUUGAUGUUGAAUGAAAUUGAUUUGCCUGAUUUUAGAGGCAUCUUGCUACUGCACCUACAAUUUCAGUUUUUGUUGUGAAUGAGAAUUGCGGACAUCCAUGUGACUAUAAGUAAAGCAUUACAGUUUCAGUAGUGCCAUUAACGAUUUUCAGACUAAAUAACCAUCUGAUAAAAACAUAAACUUUUUUUUUUUUUUUUUUAAACUUGUUGGAUAUGUUUCAUGGUUUCGGAGCCUAGCACUUGAAGGAAAUGUACAGUGAAAUACAUUGUUACAUAAUAAUGUUUUGUCACAUAUUUAAAUUACUAAUUUUGUCACUCACACCACUUGGAAAUGUCAUUAAAGAGCUUGUGAUCUGUUGUUUUAAUAGAUAUCAAUGGGACAAGCACAACGCACAGUGCACUCUGGUCAUUGCCAUUGUUCCUUGUUAAUGUGACCUGCAGACACCAAAAAGAUCUUUAUGAUGGCAAAAUGGCAAGGAAAUGUUUUUAAUCUUUAAUCAUAGGCCUGGUUAAAAGGUACACCACUGACAAAGCAAUAUCCAUGAUAACAUUUCAUAAUUUUAACAGUAACACAUAAGUUGUGAACAGUGUGUCCAUUCUAACAAGGUGUUAAUUUCUGUGUCUGUGAAAGCUGUUGAAAUUUUUGCAAAACAGAAGACUGCAUUCUGUCUGUGUCCUAAUGCAUGUUUUAGUUGAAGUCAUAAUACACUAACAGGGUUGUUUCCUUUCUCAUAUCAUUUGUAUCUCCUCUGUGUCAUGGUUGGCCUUGGCCCGGUUGCAUGUUAGACCUCAAUUCAAGAAAAAAGUGCAUGGUAAAUGCCACAGUGAGCCAAGUGAACAAAAAAUUUUUCAAAAUCCUGUCGUGUUCUUAUUCUGUUUACAGUGGCACUAUUGAUCCAGCCAAGCACAGGACAAAUGCAUUAGCCUAGUUUUAUGUAAGGUUGCACGGUUCAUGUGUUUGUGGUUUCUGUUAAGCACUGGUUGAAGCUGGUCUUUCAAUGGAGCCUGUGGCCAAGCUCGUCUUCCUGUUGUCUCGGUUUUUUACAGACUUGGACAGCCUGAUAAAGGCCCUAAUCUCUCAACACGCCGCUCUCGUUGUGUGUUAUCUUCCAAGUCCUGAUCUGAAUGUAAAGCAUGUUAUCCAUUCAGUAGUUUAAUUUAUGAAGACCACUCACGGGAGUGGUGAAAGUGAUCUAACUGGGUCACUCAGUUCUCAUCAUUUACAUUCUAGCCACUAUUGCCUUGUAGGCAGCAUGAAGAGACCAAGUAAUGAGACACAAGAAUUCACUUGAAUCCUGUAGCAUCUAAAAAAACGGUCCUGUUCUUUUAAUUUGUUCAACCAAGGUCACACUCAAAAUUCUUGACACAAGAUUUAACUCUUGGACAUUUGUUAGAAAUAUAUUAACGCUAAGUCAAUACAGUACCAGCAAGUAUUAUUACUCAAAAUGCUGCUAAGUCUCUUUAUAUGAUUCUGAAUGUGAUAGUGCUUCUUGUCAUUCAGAACAAGGCCAUUUCUCUCUGUAGACCAAGUAGUAUGUUCUGUUUGCUGUUGAUCACACACUAAUCUGUGCCGUCAGCAGAACAUGUUCUAGCGAAAACAAGUGAAAUUCUAAACGAUGUAUUAAUUUGUGGCAUACGUGGCUUGUUGAAUAGCUGUUUAAUGUUAGCAGUUCAUUUUGUUAACUUUGGAAGCAUUAGAGAAGUCAUCUUUUAUUGCAGAAUUAUAACAUGCUUUGGACACUCCGACAGCCCAUCAACCUUAGAACAUUACAUCUCAGCACUAAUAAAGUUGGCUAUGAUAAAACA